ACAUACAUUUCUAUACCUCAUUAUUUUCAAAAUUUGAACUUCCGAAUUGUAAUCACCUAAUUAACGAUCAAAACGUCGUUUUAUUGCAAACACAAUUUCGAGGAAUUCAUCCAUUUUCACGAAAGUAAGUGAUCGACUAGUAUGGCGCCGGCAGCCGGCGUAGCUGAUCGAUUACCGGCGGCGAUGAUGAUGCCAGCAACGGUGAUGUCAGAUGCAUACGCAAAAGACGCGAUAAUUUCAUGGUUUCGCGGCGAAUUCGCAGCCGCAAACGCGAUAAUUGAUGCGUUAUGUGGACAUUUAUCGGAAACAGAAAGCGGUAGGCGUGAAUACGAAGCGGUUUUCGGCGAAAUUCAUCGGAGACGGAUGAAUUGGAUUCCGAUUCUUCAGAUGCAAAAGUAUUUUUCGAUUGCGGAUGUCACUUUGGAGCUUAAGAAAGUUUCAGAGGCUAAGAAAAAAUUAUCAUUAUGUGAUGAUCAUAAUAUUGUUUGUAAGCCGGAGGUUAUCGAACCUCCGGCUUUCGAGACGGAGAAGAUCAGAGCUGUUGAUUCAAAUGGUGAUGGAAAUUCUUGUGUUGAUGAUAAUAUUUCCCCCAAGAGUAGUACUGUGGUAAAUACUGCAGGAUCUCAGGAAGUCCAUUCAGCGCCGGUAAGUGUUGAAGUAAGCUCAAACCAAGAAGAUUGGGAGGCACGACGUGCUGAAAUCAAAAUGACGAAAGGGUUUGUGGCAAAGGAGUCUGUAAAAGGGCAUAUGGUGAAUGUUGUUAGAGGCUUGAAGAUGUAUGAGGAGAUACUCCAAACCACCGAGCUAUCCAAGUUGACGGACUAUGUAACUGAACUCCGAGUUGCUGGCCAAAAUGGAGAACUCUCAGGUGAGACAUUUAUCAUGUACAACCAGCAGUCCAAAACGAUCAAGAGAGAGCUUCUUCAAUUUGGAGCUCCCAUUUUUGGACAGAUAAAAGAUGAAGCUACAAAUAAGCCCCAAGAUAGCAAAAUCGAGCCAAUUCCUGCUCCUCUUGAAGCUGUCAUUGACCUUCUAAUUCAGUUUCACCUGAUAUCUGAAAACAGACGACCAAAUAGCUGCAUAAUUAACUUCUUUGAUGAGGGAGAAUUCUCACAGCCUUUCUUGAAGCCACCUCAUCUAGAGCAACCUAUUUCUACGCUUCUUCUAUCUGAAUCGACAAUGGCUUUUGGACGUACUCUAGUUUGUGAUAACGAUGGAAACUACAAAGGACCACUGAUGCUUUCUCUCAAAGAGGGGUCACUCUUAGUGAUGAGAGGAAACAGUGCUGACAUGGCACGCCACGCCAUGUGUCAAUCUCCAACUAAACGAAUCAGUGUCACGUUUUUCAAAGUCCGAAUAGAAACCUACGACAAAAAUCAAUCCCCAAAAGAUCCUAUGAAUGGAGCUAUGACUCUAUGGCAGCCCAAUGUUCCAACCCCACUGAUCACACCAAAUGGAACACUAGACGGAUACAACUCAAUCCAUGUUAUACCAAAAUGGGACUCAAUCCGGGCCCCACAACUACUAAUGCUAGCCCCAGUGCGCCCAAUGGUGAUGACUCCUAGAAGGUUGCCACGUGGUGGGACGGGUGUGUUCUUGCCAUGGAACGGUGGGUCAAGAAAGCCCGCAAAACAUCUACCUCCACGUGCUCAAAGAGGCCGUCUUCUUGCCCUUCCAGCCUCUAAUGAACCACACAAAAUGGACCGAACUCCUGAUUCCGGCAUUAGUGUUGCGUGAGAAGAAAUGUGGCAUGGUGAAUGAGAGCUGUUUGUAGUUUGUGUUUCUGGUUGUUUGGAUUUAACUUAGUGUACAACAAGGCAUUGGCGAUUGAAAAAUGAGUUUUAUUUUUAUUAUUACUUUAUUUUUACUUA